UAUACACACGCGAAGGAUGACCAUAUGCCGUCUGCCGGCACGCGCUUCCGCGUCAAUGAGUGUUCGGGGCUCGUGCCGUCAACUGCCGUGCCGUCUGCUUAAGUGCCUGAUAAUAAUAACAAUAGUAAUAAUAAUACAUAUAGUGCCGUUGGUGUCGUCUAUGAUCGCAUUUCGCCCGCGUGUUUUUUCACACUUAUUAAAUCAUUUAUGUUUAUAUUAUAUAUAUCCAUGGCUGUGGAUUUAUCAUACAUAUUAUAAUAUGUGCUACUGUCGUGAUUAUUAUACUUACAUACAUAAUAAAUAUAUAUCGCCGGCUUAGAUUGUAACAUACGAGUAAAACACUGCCCACGCCUAUCAACAGGUAUACAGCAAUAGUGGUCGAAUAACCUGGUCGACGAUGGAUAUGGUUCAGUAUCGUCAUCACCAGCACCAGCAGCACCAGCACCAGUCAUUCGACACGAACCAGAAGCAUCUCGCUACAGGGGCCGUCGACUACGUACACGGUUUUGGCAGUCCGGGAAAUUUCAACGGAAACCGUGAAUCACCGUCACGACACGGCGCGUACUGGCAGUGGCAACACUCGUCGGACGGUUCGUCGUCCGAGGGGUUCAAUCACGGGCAGCGCGCAUUCUUAGACGACUCCGCGGACCGCGGCUACUGGGACGCGACUGCGAGCUGCGGUAGUCCACCACCGCCAUCGACCCGACUACCGCCGCUAGACGACGAAUGCUCGUUCACCGGUCAUCUGCAGUUGCUGCAGCCACUGUCGUCGUCCCAGCGCAGUGACCGAUGGAAUCGUUCCUAUUUCAGACAUUCAAAUGAUUACAUACCAACAAAGCCUAACAGCAAAGAAUGCAUAUCGCCAACGAUAGCAAGAAAGAGACGUUUAGCAGCUAAUGCAAGAGAACGUCGACGCAUGAACGGCUUGAAUGAAGCAUUUGAUAGACUCCGAGAGGCUAUACCAACUUCUAUAGAAGACGAACAUAAAUUAUCAAAAUAUGAGACGCUACAAAUGGCUCAAAGUUACAUAUCGGCAUUAUGUGACUUAUUAGAUCAAGCUCAUAAAUAAAAUAUAAUUUAUUACUCAAUUGUCAAUUUUUUUUUUUUACACAAAAUGUUUUCUAGUCACAUAAUUUUUUUUUCUCUUUAUUUUGUCUAUUUAAUAAAAACAAUAACAAAAAGCAAUUAAAUACAAUUAAAUUUUA